AUGUUGGGACAGAGCAUUUGGAGACUCACAACCUCUGUGGUCUGUAGGAGCCACUCUGAGGAAGGUCCAGGGAAGAAUUUGCUGUUUUCGGUGGAAAACAAGUGGCAGUUACUAGCUAUGAUGACUUUGUACUUUGGGUCUAGAUUUACUGCACCUUUCUUUAUACUAUGA